UAAUCUGCAAAACCAUCCAUCCUAUAUCUCUUGACCUUAACUUAUUUAUAAAAAAGAAUUAAAAAAUAAGAGGACAUAGAGAGGCUUAAACUCUAGUAAAACCAUGGAUCAUGAUCAUAACAUGCCAGGAAUGGGAGGAAUGUCACCAUCACCACCACGACAAAACCACAUGAACAAUAAUGAACACAUGAUGGGCAUGGGGUUGACGCACAUGACCUUUUUCUGGAGUAAAAAUGCUGAAAUUCUCUUCUCAGGCUGGCCAGGAACGCGCACGGGCAUGUACGUCCUCGCACUGAUCUUUGUAUUUGUGCUCUCUCUGCUUGUGAAGUGGCUCUCAAAUUGUAAUUACUUUAAAGGCAAUAAGGCAAAUGGUCUUGUUCAGACAUUUGUGCAUGGUGUAAAAAUAGGCCUUGCUGAUCUUCUCAUGCUUGCUGUUAUGUCUUUUAACGUUGGUGUUUUUAUAGUUGUCGUGGCUGGACAUACUUUAGGGUAUUUCCUAUUUGGCAGUAGGACUAAUUCUGAGAAUAAUGCCUGCCAAGCUUGAUCUUGAGGUAAAGAUUUAUUCACGCCUAGUAUUUAUAUCAAAUCACGCAAAUUAUCAUAGCUAAUUGAUAAUGAGGUAUAUAAUAAUUUGUCUUAAUUCACCAAGGUUUAGUGAAAAAAGUAUCUGUGCAUACACAUGAUGACAUGCAUCUAUUAGUCUGGUGUAAACACUUAAUUAUGAUAAAUUGAUGUGAUUUGAUAUAAAUACCCGGUGAGAAUAAGUAUUUAAGCUUGAUCUUUGGUCCUAUAUAGCUGGUGAAUACCCAAUUUAUAUUUGGUCAACUUUGUCAAUUGUGCUCAAUUUAUUGUUGCUUCGUGAGGUUUCAGGAUAGAUGUUUUUUUCUUCUAAAUUUCUCUGUUCCAAUUACCUUCCAGAGGUGAGAUGUAUUUGGUUGUGAUUACUCAUUACUGUAAGUUAAUGAUUAUGUUACUUCUUCA